GCGGGGACUGAGCCUCCUGCUUGAGGCUCCCCAGUCCCCGGGCUCAGGGCCCCACGCGCGCUCCGUCUGCCCUCCCGCCUCUCCUCGCCACUCUGAGUUCUGCGCCCAGGAGGUUCAGAAGUUCAGCGACUCCGCGGGGUGGGCGGGUUCUGGCGGCUCAUUGCCCUCUUCCAACAUGGCCGCCGCUGCCUCUGUGACAGUCAGGGUCACGUGGGCAGCUUCGCCUAUGAGGUCGCUGGGGCUGGAUCGACAAUUGUCCCUUCCCGGAUUCCGUCUCGAGGCGGCGACUGCGGCUGUCAACCCGAGCCUGAGCGAUCAUGGCAACGGGCUCGGGCGGGGAGCGCGUGGCAGCGGCGGCAGCGGAGGCAGUGGCGGCAGUUUGGUGGCGGGCCGGGGCGGCGGGGCGGCGGCGGCGGCGGCACUGGCACUGGCGCCGGCCCUGAGCGCCAUGCGGCGGGGCAGCUCCGAGAGUGAGCUGGCGGCCCGGUGGGAGGCGGAGGCGGUGGCCGCGGCCAAAGCAGCGGCCAAAGCUGAGGCCGAGGCCACCGCGGAGACGGCGGAGGAACAGGUCUGCGUGGACUCUGGCGCGGCCGGGGAGCCCGAGCGCAAGGCCGGGGAGGAGCAGCCCAAGGCGGCCCCCGCCCGGGCCCUGGCGCAGCCCAGCUUGGUUGAGGAGGGGGACGCCCGGGUCCCUCAGCGGCCGCCGCCCACACUGCCUCCGACCAAGCCGAAGCCGGCGCGGGGCCUCUGCCUGCACGGGAAGCCCCUGGGCAAGGGCCGAAGCCGCAAGCGGAGCUCGGGCCACAGUUCCGGCGAGAACGGCUACCAGCGGCCGGUCACCGUGGACAGCUCCAAGGCCAGGACCUCCCUGGAUGCCCUGAAGAUCAGCAUCCGCCAGCUCAAGUGGAAGGAGUUCCCAUUUGGCCGACGCUUGCCUUGUGACAUCUACUGGCAUGGAGUUUCAUUUCAUGACAAUGACAUAUUCUCCGGUCAAGUGAACAAGUUUCCAGGCAUGACGGAGAUGGUGCGUAAAAUUACUCUGAGCAGAGCAGUGAGAACCAUGCAGAAUCUCUUUCCUGAGGAGUACAACUUCUACCCUCGCUCAUGGAUUCUGCCUGACGAGUUCCAGCUCUUUGUUGCUCAGGUUCGAAUGGUGAAAGAUGAUGACCCUUCCUGGAAGCCCACUUUUAUUGUGAAACCUGAUGGUGGUUGUCAGGGUGACGGAAUCUACCUCAUUAAAGACCCCAGUGACAUCCGCCUGGCAGGGACCCUCCAGAGCAGGCCGGCGGUGGUCCAGGAGUACAUCUGCAAACCUCUCCUUAUCGACAAGCUCAAGUUUGAUAUUCGUCUGUAUGUCUUACUCAAGUCCUUAGACCCCUUAGAGAUUUAUAUAGCCAAAGAUGGACUCUCCAGGUUUUGUACUGAGCCAUAUCAGGAGCCCACCCCCAAAAACCUGCACCACAUCUUUAUGCACUUAACCAACUAUUCCCUGAACAUCCACAGCGGCAACUUCAUCCAUUCAGACAGUACUAGCACAGGCAGCAAAAGGACUUUUUCCAGCAUCCUUUGUAGACUGUCUUCCAAAGGCGUUGACAUCAAGAAGGUCUGGUCUGACAUCAUCUCCCUGGUGAUAAAGACUGUCAUCGCGCUGACUCCAGAGCUCAAGGUCUUCUACCAGUCAGACAUCCCCACGGGGAGGCCGGGCCCCACAUGCUUCCAGAUUUUAGGCUUCGACAUUCUUCUAAUGAAAAAUCUGAAGCCUAUACUGCUUGAAGUAAAUGCAAAUCCCAGUAUGAGGAUCGAACAUGAGCAUGAACUUUCUCCAGGGGUGUUUGAAAAUGUCCCCAGCCUCGUUGAUGAAGAAGUGAAAGUGGCUGUGAUCAGAGACACUCUGCGCCUCAUGGACCCACUCAAGAAGAAAAGGGAGAACCAGUCUCAGCAGCUUGAAAAACCAUUCAGUGGCAAGGAAGAUGCUUUGGACGGCGAGCUGACCAGUGCUCCAGAUGGCAACGCCAACCCCGAAGCCCACCUGCCCUCCAUUUGCCUCAAGCAGGUGUUCCCCAAGUACGCAAAGCAGUUCAACUACCUGCGCCUGGUGGACAGGAUGGCAAAUUUGUUUAUCCGGUUCCUGGGAAUUAAGGGGUCAAUGAAGUUGGGACCAACAGGCUUUCGUACCUUCAUAAGGAACUGCAAACUCAGCAGCAGCAGCCUGUCCAUGGCUGCUGUGGACAUCCUCUACAUUGACAUCACACGGAGGUGGAACUCCAUGACCCUGGACCAGCGGGACUCAGGGAUGUGUCUGCAGGCCUUCGUAGAAGCCUUCUUUUUCCUGGCUCAGAGGAAGUUCAAGAUGCUGCCACUUCAUGAGCAGGUGGCCUCGCUGAUCGACCUGUGCGAGUACCACCUGUCCCUGCUGGAUGAAAAGCGCCUGGGGUGUGGCCGGGGCGUCCCCUGCGGGGGCCGACCUGCCCACCGUGGCACUCCCCAGGAGUCCUCGCCCUCGGCCCAGCCUGCUGGGGACAACUGCGCCAAUAAGCUGUCCCAUCCCAGACAUACCCUGUCCUGAGGGCCACUCCGUCUUCCCAGAAGAUGGAAGAUGAGGGCAACUUUCAGGGCUGCAGAGCCCCAGGCAUUCUGCCUGCAGAGCAAUGGCAGGCAGGCUGCCGAAGGGCCUGGCUGCCCCGCCCCCACGACCCGUCUCUGCGUGUGGCUGAGCUGCGCUUCACCAGGUUGGCUGGUUCUCACCUGCCUUGCUCCCCGCACCUCUUGGUGGUACACCCUGUUUUCAAGUCAUCAGUGGACAUAUGACAUCUAAAACGUGACAGAUGGCACUUUCUAUUCUGGGCUCACAGGAAGCACCAACUGGGUCAAAUCUGUUGUGUUUGGGGCACGGGACACAAAUGAUCCCAAGACACAGAGCCGUGGAGAGGAAGCCAAGUGCUGGGAUCUACCGGGGCCUCUGCAGGCCCACUGGGAAAAGCCCGAGAACAUCAUGUUUAUUUCCUGCCGCCCGCUCCAUGAGAAGGAAGUGGAAAUAUCAAGUAGGCGUCUGUGAAUCCCCCAUCCCAAUCAUGUGCUACACGGGUGUAGUGAACAGAUUACCCUCAUUUAGUUCAUUAGCUUGCCUGUUGCUGCAAUGUUUGGUUUGCUAUUAAUUAAGAUAUAAUUAAUCAAGAAGUAACUAAGACUCUUAGAGCCUCAGAGCUGGCAGGAUCCUUGGAGGUCAUUUUGUUUGAUUUUGUUUGACUGUGACCCCAGAGCAGGAAUCCCAUCUUUAGCCUCCCUGAUCAGAUGGUCAGAGUGGACCCCUGCAUAGGUGGGGUGCUGGUCACUUAGCCAGUGUGUCCACAAGAAGCACUGCCAGGUGUCCCUGCAUGCCCAGCACUGUGUUGGGAGCCCUGAGUAAGGGGAGGAAAUCAGACGUGGAUGAGAACCAGGGCGAGAGGAGUAGUGCCUGUCAGGCUUGGUGCCAGGGACAGGGGAGCUCCAGCUCUCUCUUCCAUGAGACCCUUUCCUUGUCUCCAUCUGUAUCCCCAGGUAGCCCCCUUCUCAGAGGAAAUGCCUCGGAGGCAGCGGAAGGUGUAGUUUUGGAAACAGCCUCGGUCACGUCAGGGUGCAGGGCCCACUGAAGACAGGCAGACAGGACCUGGCAAAGCCAAGCUCUCCAGAGUGUGGUUCGAUUUGAGGUUAAUGUGGCCCUUUCCUGGAGGGUCCCAUUAAAGGAUGCUGAGGGCCCUGGGAAGAGCCAAUCAUCAGGCUCCAAGUGAGGUGGAGGAAAGUCUUUGAGGCACUAGUACUGUGCCUGGUGCACAGAAGGACUCAGAAAAUGCUCGUAUGCACGGCCAGGGAGAGGGGCGUGGGAGGCAGAGGCACGUGGGAGGCAGAGGCGCAUCCCAGACAAGCCCCUGUAGCUUUCUCCUUCCUGCCAACAUCCUGUCCUGCCUCCUGACCCAAGUCCCCUUCCCUCAAACUGAGAAGAGCAGUUGACUCACGGCCUAGCCCACAGCCUGGUUCAUAACAGGUACUCAAAAGCAUCUGUGGAAACAAGUUACUUGAAUCUGCCCUCCCCUGAGUAUUUUUAAACCCAAAGAGAAGUUUGUUAAUCCAAGGUGUCUCCAGUGGUUGGCAGGUGAUUUGAGAGCAGGGGCUGCUGUGUUCCUCCUUGCCUGGGGCUCCUUGCUGCCAGCAGCUUACCCUCUCAAGGAGGAAAACCUGUGUCCCCCAGUUUGGCUGCCCUGCAGCGCCCCUUCUCUGCCACUAGCAGAGCCCAAAGGCUGCCGCCCUUCCCCAGCCAAGAGGGGCUGUGGGCCCAAGCCCGGCAGAACCCACUCUGGGCUGUUCAGUAUCGGCAGGCUUAUGCAAUGACUUUAUUUUCCCAAGCAGAAGGCGGGACAGUGAGGAAAUGGCACGGGCAGGAUAUGCCUACUGAGGUGUGUCGAGUGCCCCCUACAUGGGGUGCGGUGGCGGUGUCAUUGGCUCAGUUCCCCAGGUCCUAGGGCAUGUCCGUACCGCUGCUCCCCUUUGAGAUGAGGAAAGGAAGGCCCAGGAGGCCACAUGGUCAGGACUUGGUCCAGGUCUGUCUGUCAGCUCCUUGUCCCUGGGUGAGCAUGAAUUCAGCUCCCAGUAGAGACCCCGCAGGACUACCCCUCUCGGGGCUACCUGGGACCUGUCAUGGUCUGGUGGCAUGGGACAAGGCAGUCAGGACUCCAAAAUGGCCCAGUGUGAGAAACAAUGUUGGAAGCCCCCAUGCGGCUCUCCCAAUGCCUUUUGGCAGAACAAAUGUAUUUCCCAGAGAAAGACCGGAGGCAAUGCGUCGGGGCACACUUGUCAUCAGCUGGGAGCCACGGAGAAUCUUAACAAAGCUGUCACUCAACACCCUUUCUCGAGGUUGGUCUUUAGAAAGUAUUCAUUUGCCAAAACGGAGUGUAAUGUUCAGGUCCAAAACCAGCCAAGCACACUGAAUAUUUUGAAAAAUAAAAUAAAGAGGUUGAAUUCCAGCCACCUUGUCUGGGGUGAUAUAAAAUCGUCAGCUCUCCUGGUGAGAAAGGGCCUCUCCCACCCCCUGCCAUUAUCUGGAGGCGGGCUGCUCCGCCCACCAUGGCCCCUGUAUCCUGGGAGCAGCCCCCUCCUCUGCCUGACAAGGCCCCAAAUAAGCCCCACCCACCCGCAGGGCACGGAGCCUCCCUGGUGAUUUUCUGAGAGGCCAGUCGUGACAGAUUGGCCCCUUUUCAGUUUAACCGAAAACAAUUCGAGGCUGCUCCAUUAUCAGAAUGAGUGAUAGCCGACUCACCCCGCCUCCUCUGUUCCUAAGAAGAAGUCCCACUGUGUUUACCCCUUUGGUAAUCGGCCACUCAUUUUAUUGGUGUAAUUGAAACGAUAGCAAAAGCAGAUGGUUGCUUCCUCCAAGAGGACAGGAAGCGGAGCCCUGAGUCCGGCGGACCCAGAGGCCCUGGCACAUAGCUGGGCAGCCCCUGUGCUUUGCUGCGGGAUAAGCCCGGUUCCUGGAAGGGCCCUCAGGACCCAUCUCCAGCGUCUUCUCUCUCCCUCUCUCCUGUCCCCUCCCCCUCCUUCUGACACCUGUCUUGCCCCACCCCCAGUGCACACACAGCCCAGCCACAUGGAUGCUCUCCCUAGUCUGCCAACUGAGUUCCUGGAGAGUUGGGUGCUCCAGAGCUUGGAAUGAACGGGUAAGAUCAGGCCCAGCCAGUGCUUAGUUUGAGGAGUUCACAUCCAAGUAUGACAAGUUAGUGGGACCAACCUGGGGAGGGAAGCAUCAGAACAGGGCAGACCCACAGAACUGGGCCCACCUACCCUUUCCUGCUGUGCCAGUCUUGCCCCUUUGGGUGUGCCCCUGGGCAGCUUCCUUGCUCCUGCUAUGCUGACCCUGCCUGCCCCUUCCUUCCAACCUCCCAGGGGGACAGGCUGAGCGUUUCUGGCCCUGGGGUGUUGGGGCAGGAGCCAUGUCCUCACAGCCUGGCCUGAAUGGAGCCUGCAGUAGGUGCUUAUAAAGACCCACUGGAUUCCGUGCCGCUGUUGGCAGGUGCUGGUCCCAACAGAGCCCUCCCUGCGUGCAGAGGCAGGGCUUCCAGGAGAGACGAGCGUCCAUCCCUAAAACGAACCGCCUGGAUUCCUCUUCCUUCUCCUCCCAGCCUCUGUCCACUCCCCCGAACUCAGACACGAUCUCUCACCUGGGCUUCCGCUGCCUCCCUGCCUCUCACCCCUCCACCCUACCCUCCAUCCCCACCAGUGUGGAAGGAACUCAGAGAGCCACAGAGCUGACGUCCAGUCGCCUAUUGAAAGCAGCCCCCAUCGGUGCCCUUCCUUUCUUUCCAUCGUAAGGCCCACACCUGGCCCCCACACCCCAGGGCCAGGCUCUGCCGCCUCCCUGAGCCCCUGUCCUACCCCUGCUCCCAGGACUGUUUAUAUCUGUUGUUACCAGACAGGAGGAGCUGUGCUAUUUCCCGCCACCCUUGUCUUCUGCCCCUCUGCCUGUAAUGGCCUUCCUCUGUCCAGUGGCAAACAGGCUUCCAAGGCCCAGUUCCAAUGUCCUCGUUGCAAUCCCCCAGAGUGAGCAGUUCCCUCCCCACACUCCCAAGAACUGGAAAGUUCCUGUAUUGUCGUGUGUACCAUGGGACCACAGCAUUGGCUCCCACCCAGUUGUGCGUUCCUGCAAGGUCAGGCAUGUGCUGGGCCGUGUUGGCACGGAGCGGGUGCUUGCUGCAAAUAGGAACGUUUAGCGCACUCCAGGAGAGGGGACAGUGUUACCGCGCUUCUUCUCCGCCUCGCCUGCAGGUGCCAUUAAGAAGCACAGAUUUCUAAACCUUGCCAAGCCAAUCUGCUGAACACCUCCACAUCCCUGCCUGCCUUGUUGGCUCCCUGGGAUGCGGCAGCUGUCCUGUGUCCGUAGACAGAUAAUGGCUCCUCUGACCCUAGGUGUCUCUCCAUGGUCCUUUGUGGCCAGGCCCAGGCUGCGUAACCAUGGGCACCCCCUCUCGUUCAGUCUCAGAGACAGGAUGCCAGGCUGGACGGUCCUCACCAACACCCCUCCAGCCGGCCUCCCUUCAACCCUGCAUCGCCCUGAGUUUGCGUGGAGUUGGUAAGUUCCCAGCAGGUCCUCCUGAUGUGCGUGUGGGUAGCCAGGCUAAGGAAGCAGGAGGGUAGGGGCACAGACACUUGGAAUGGUGUCCCUAUCCUACAUGAUUUUAUCCGCACAUGCUCAGUCCUUCACAGUUUAGCAAGUACUUUUAGAUCCAUCCAACCCCAUGAAGGAUGAGGAUCGUUGGCACUCUCUUUUCCCCGAGGCAGAGAACUGGCUUCCAGGAGGCUUAGUGACUGAUCGAGGUCUUGAGGUCUCCGGCUGGUGAAGCGCAGAGUCAGGGUCCCCCUGAGGCCCCUGGCUGGCUCUAGAUCCCACACUCCUUCCUUGGCACUUCCUUGGUUCUGCACGGUGCCUCAACACUCCCCAAAACAUCCCAUUUUGCAGAUGGGGAAACCCACGUCCCGCAGAGGCUGGGUGUUGGCUCCACUCAGGUCUGCGGACUUAGCUUGGGGCUGUCUGGCCUGCUCUCCUCCUGCCGAGCACCCCAGGAAGGCUCUGUGGGUACCCUCCAAGGGCUCUGGGUCUCCCAGCCACUCAGUGAGAGUGGCAAGUCCUGUCUCACUUGAUCUUUGGGAGCAUAAGAGGAGCUCACAGAAAACGUCAUCAAUGUGAAAGUGUUUUGUAGACCAAAGUGCUGCCGCGUCAUCUUCGGCCUGGCUACUGGCUUCCUACAAAGUGUAAAGGGAUGAAGAUAAAAGCUCCUUCUUGAAUAACGUUAUCCAUCAAGACAGAUGAAACCACACCAGUCAGCUCUUCUUGCCCCUCCCCUCCCCCCCUUCAUUCCCACGUAUUUAAAGACAUUUAUAGCCUGAGAAAUUAUUCCCACUGCUUCUCUGACACCCGGAAUGUGCCUUGUGACUGGCGGAGUGUCCCUCCAGAAUAGCUUCAUUUUUUCCCCAUUUCUUGACUAAUGUCCUCUACUCUUCAACCCUCAGAGAAUUGGGCUUGCAAUGGCCAGGACAAGAGAGCAUCUUCCCUGAAAGCUCAGAAAUGAUGGCUUUCCCAGCAGGGAGCUGGCGUUCCCUGCAGCUGAGAGCGCUGCCCUCUUUGCAUGGAGGGAUCGUUCACCACCGCGGAUAUUAACCUGAAAUCCACCUCACCUUGAUGGAUACUUUUGCCAGUCUCCCAUUUGGUUUGAUGAAUGUGAGAGAAAUUUUCCCGUAUGGCAUACGAAUUUCUCCCUCACAAAAUAAGUCUAAUUUUUUUUUCUGUUUCUGGAGCAGCUCUGUGGAAUAGGCCACAUCUUCAAUUACCUUUAUCUUAGUAGCCAAAGGUCUCGAUUGUUAUGUAACCAGGAAAACCACAUGGCAUAAUGCUUAUAUACACACAUGCACACACGCACAUACGCACACGCAUGCAUGCACAUACACGCACGCACACACACACACUGAGCACUGUUGAGCUUUGGUGGAAAAUGGAGAAAUUACUGAUGUUUUCUAAUUUCUGAUGAUUGGCUUCUGAGUCUUAUUUAGAGAUCAGAGUGGAAAGGGCUCUUUGCAGCCCCAGGGUAGUGUCAUGCUCACCAAGAGGCUCAUGGGAAACCUUUCCUCCAACAUGAAGAAAGUGUUUGCCAAGAUUCCUGCCAGGACCCAGUCUCGGGCCACAGAACACUGUCUGCUCCCCCAGGCCCCUCCCAGACCACAGGGAUAUUUUCUUUUCAGAACCCCUUGCAUCAGAAUGGGAAAAACGAGGACUGAGACUCCCAGAGGAGGCCGUGAACUGUUCGGGAAAACGAGGGCUUUGCCGUCAGACCUGGGGCUGAACUUGACUGUGUCUGUCCCUUUCUCCCUAAAUGGCCAUGAACCAGUGACUUUACCUCUCUGAUCCCUGCUCCUUGCCUGGAUAGUAAGGAUCACAUCACAAUGUAUGUAAAGAGCCGGGUGUGGGACUUGGCACCUGGGAAGCGUCUUAAUACCUGUCUGUCGAGAAAAGGGAGGGUCUCAAAGCAAGGAAACGACAUGGAUGCCAGGAAAUACGUCUGCCCACCUCCACCUCCCUGACAGGGGAGGCUCCUGGAGGUCUGGUGAGAGGCCCCAUGUGCUCCAGCCCUCCCUGCUCCAUGCUGAGCUCUGCCUUUAAGAGACUGCAGCUCCUGCCUCUUAAAAGCCUUUAAAAAUUCUUUAUUAAAUUUUCAUGGUGCAUAAAGUCAAGGUUCUGUUACUUGGCCUCAGUUGUCUUGGCAACUUUGUAAAACGCAAUAAUAAAACGAAGCUGAGUGUUGCUAAACACAGGCUCAUUGUAGAAACGA